CUCUGACAGCGCCGGGCUCCAGUUAUAGCCUGCAGCUGCCGCAUCGCCGUAGAAGUAGCGAGGAGAGAGAAAAAAAAGGGUUUUGUAGCGAGGGGACACAUCUCAGUGGGAGAUACAAGCCAGUGCUCCUCCUCGGCUAUAUAGGCAGGGAAACGCCACAAUAACCAACCAAAGGCUGCCAGAGGGUAGAGAGGAGCGCACCAGGCAAUCCACAUCCAUCUGCCAGCCACUCACACCGCGCUAACAUUUCCAGUCCGGAUUUCAGCACAGCUGUCCAGCCACUACUACAAGGAAAAUGUCUGCCCCAGCCGCUGGAGCCCCUGCACCAGAGGGAGGGAGUCAGGCCCCUCCCAACCUCACCAGCAACCGCCGUCUGCAGCAGACACAGGCACAAGUGGAUGAGGUGGUGGAUAUCAUGCGUGUAAACGUGGAUAAGGUUCUGGAGCGUGAUCAGAAGCUGUCAGAACUGGACGAUAGGGCCGAUGCCCUGCAGGCUGGAGCCUCUCAGUUUGAGACCAGCGCUGCAAAACUGAAGAAUAAAUACUGGUGGAAGAACGCCAAGAUGAUGAUUAUCCUGGGUGUGAUAUGCGUGAUUGUCCUCAUCGUCAUUAUUGUGUACUUCAGCACCUAAGAAGAGUUGGUCCUACCCCAGUCUGAUCCCAACUUCCUUGCUACAAAAAAACAAAACCCUCAAAUUGAUGACAAGAUUAACCACAGAUAAUUAGUUUAUUAUAUAUAUAUAUAUAUAUAUCUCCCUGAUUAGCCUUGAUAUAACACCCCUAAACCCUUCAGGGCCCCAUGGCUCCCCCACUUCCACCACCUCCCCUCUGGACCCCUGUCAAUAUUUGUCCUGUGAGUGUGUGGCCCUGUCUCCUUUCUGGGUACUCUUGGCUUUUCUAACCUGCCAUACUGAGAACCAAACACUUGUGACGAUGCAACAACAGAAAAGGAAACAACGAUUGGCGAUAAUUGUUACAUAACUGAUAUAUAUAGUUCUUUGUAGAGUUUUAUUCUGAUAUAUACUGUUUUGUAGGUGUGUGUGCGUGUGUGUGUGUGCAUUUUGUAUUUUUUAAUUUUUGUAUUAAUUUUACGUAUGCUUCAGCGUUAACUACUGCCUAUUAAUCGAAGUGUGUAUCUUGCAUGUUCUCAUCAUCUGUCUGUCCCCGGCUUUCUCUCUCUUUUCGGUGUAUUUUUGCACAGUGGAGUUAGUCUCCGUUUAACUAAUGAAAUACCAAUUCAUUUUCAAAUUCACCUGUCACCCGUGUCCACUGAGACCGUUCACAAUAAGCCAGAGGACUAAAACUUGUACUAAAACUAAUCAUGAAGUUAGAGAAAUUGGAGCUAUUCCACAGACAAACUGCCCUUAAACUUCCCCAGGUUUCUGCUACUUCAGCUUCAGAUUUCUAUAACUUGAUGCCAUCAAGAACUCAAGUCUUAACUUCUUUCGUGGCUUCCUGAGAGUCAGUGCUCGCUGACAUCCAUCAACCACAUAAACAAUGCAUGAAUUGUUCAACUAAUCCCCAUUAAUCAUCAAUCCCACUCAUUUCCACCUGACCCUCAUCUGUCUGUCCACCUCAUCUCGAGUCUCUUUGACACCACACUCCUCUUCUGUCUCAGCAUGCGUCAUCAUCUCUAUUUCUUCUAAUAAUUUCAAAACUGCCAUAGUAAAGUUGGACCAAUGUCUGUAGAUGUUUCUUUUUUUUUUAAUGAUUACGUAGUGUCUUAUUUCGAAAACAUUCCUUCAUUGCAGUCUAGUGCAAAUGCUCUUACUGUAGCACAUGUAAGUGUAAGUAUCUUUAAAAAAUGUACAUGCGAUGAAACUUGUGUCGAAACGUUGGUCAUAAAAACCAUAGGAGAAAAAAGUUAUAGUCAAUAGCUGUAAGGGUUCGUUUUGGAUAGACGGGAUUAGACUUUCAGUCUGUCCAACUUCUUUUUUUCUCUAAUAUCAGUGAUGUUAUCUUAACAUUACACUUGCAGUAUACUGUGGAGAUGUCAUUCAUGUCAAACUGUGGAUAUGGGCUUGAAAAACAAUUCAAACGCCAGGGGAAUAAACGGGAAAAAAGUUUCAUAAAGCAAAGGUUAAUUCUCACUGGCCCGUUACCUACGUCGAUACUGAGAAGCCUUAGUCUCCAGUUACUUCUGUUAGUUACUGUAGAAUAUUUUCAGUCACACGCCCUCACACGUGUAGUUUGUGUAGGGGGGGUGCUUGACUGCAGAAAAUCUGUUUAAAAUGCACAAACAACCUUGUUUUUGAUGGCGCUGUCUGGCUGGUCAAUAGCCUGGCCAAAGAAGAUCCUCCUGCAGCAAAACCUCUCCACAUGAAGAGCACAUACAAAAAAAAAACAAAAAAAAAAAACAAAACAAUUUAGCCUUAUUUGCAAAUUCAGGAACAGGGACAGAGGCUAAUGAGGAAAUUGUCAAAUUCACAGAUGAGUUUCAGUUCAGCUGUCUGCUAACUUUGGGGUAGGUUAGUGACAAGAAACAUGAGAAGCAAUGGUUCAAAAAAAAAAAAAAAUGGUAGCAUUCCUAAGAAGAGUGUUUUGCUAGUGCAGUGGUUCUGUCUCAGUGUUUCUCCCUGUAGUUAAGGCCUUUUUUCUUUUCUAAAUAUAAUAGAUUAUAUUUUUUAUUAUAGUAUAUUUUUGUGUGAAACAGACAGGUAAAGAGGAAGUGUGCAAUCAGUACCACUUUGCUGCCAACAGCAGUAAGCUCCUCUUUACCUCUGUCUGGUGUGUUUUUUGUAAUUCAGCUCCAUGCGUUAUACACUGCCAAACAACAAGGGAGAGGCUUCUAUUGUUACUGCAAUUAUUUCUUUCAUUGGUGCCCUCGCUGGUUUGAUCUUGACUUAUUCUUUUACUGUUUUUGGCAUCUGCUCCUGUGUAUAUGACCCUUUUGGCUACUUGAGCAGGAGAACAGGACAAUGUGAUGCACUUGGUUUUUAAUGCUCUGUCAAAAAAAGGCCUUUAUAAGAAGGCAAAGCUAAAAUUCCUUAAAACCAGGAGAGGUACUUUUAGGGAUUUGAAACCAUUUUUUAUUUGCAGGGUUUUGCUUGUGGUCGUAGUCAAUCAAAGCUUGGAGAUAGUUGCAGUUCAGUUAUUUAAUCAAAUCUGUGUUUCAUGAACUGGAGGAUUUCUAAGUGUGCAGGCCUGCAUUAAUAAGUGCUUGACAGGGAGCAACUCAGCUCCUGCUUUGCUGCCACUGAUGCCAUGUUAACAAGUUCAGCUGCAGGCUACAGCCACUGGACGGCUAUAGAGACCACAAAACCACCUGCAAUAUUUCAGAUCAAGUGUGUUUAAAGCCUUAGCAGCCUUCUCUCUUUUCAACAUGACUUUUUAUCUUCCCCACGAGCUGAGUAGAAACAACCAGCCCCCCUUUUGCUCAACUCACUGAUUCAGAAUCCUACAGGAUGUGUGUGUGUAUGUGUGUGUGUGUGUGUGUGUGUGCGCGCGCAGGAGCAGCAGUGUAAGUGUGUGUGUGUGAGUGUGUUAGAAUAGCUCUGUCUUGGGAAUAUCCCUAGUUUAUCCCGACAGAUUAGGCCGCUUAAAUCUCAGAGUGAGGGCACGUUGUUUCCUUGACCACUGAAGUACACAAGCAGAGAGGUUACAGAUCUGUCGGCCAGUUCCAUUAGGAAGGACCCCAACCUCAAGAAACCCACUCUUCCUCUCCGCUCCCUUAUGUGUUUUACUCUUAAUAGAACAAAAGUAACCUGCAGAAGAUUACCAAAGACCAGAUUCCCACGCUUAUGCUGCCAACUGCCAUCAAAAACAAGCAGAGAGAAACAGGUUAUUCCAACCGUCCGAGUCUGUUUUAAAUAGCUUAUGCCCUUACCCUAUCUAUCCACGAUUACAGGACCUCUUAACGACGACACACUAUUUAUAUGGUGUGCCAGUUUGGCUUGUGAGUGUGCCCUUCUAAUAUAUGCAAAUUAAACCAAAACAUAAGGACCGCAUGCUUCAAAUCUCCAAUACAGUCUCCCCACCACGUGUAUCCAGGUCUGAAGAGCUUCUUUAAUCUGUAACAAGUUUUUAGACACAUGAUCCUGUAACUAAUAAUAGCACAACUCUUCUUUUUUCUCUGUCUCCAUAGUGCUGCCAAGUUUGAAAGUGAAAAAGACAGAAACAAACUAUAGCUAUUAGACAUAAAGAAAAAUGUUAUAAAAAAUCUGCAUUGUUCGGUGUCGUAAUAUGGGGGUGUUUUGGGGGUAGGGGGUCCUAUAUCCUCAGGUUUAAGGUAUUAGCGAUUUACCAAAAUAUAUAUGAGGACAAAAACUAUAUUAAUAAACUGUAAAAAUUGGGUUUUUGGCAAUAGAAAAUCACUUUAGGCUUUCAAACGUGGUCCUUUCAGCCAUCCUGCAGGAGUUAACCACACAGUGGACUGAAGUGAAAUAACACUACUGAUUGGGGUAGGACGUCUGUGUUAUCCAUGAAUCCAGUUGUUGUCCUGUGAGUGCUCAAACAAUUUGGUCACAAUUGUGAAAAUGAAGUGAGUGCUCUCUUUUUCUGUUGCUUUAUUGUCUGUAUGAAAAGAAGUGCGCAUAAUAUAUUUUAACACCGUGGCACUUUUUCUGUUGUGAUUCUUUGAUUUUAUUUUUUUUUAUUUUUUUGGAGGGAUGGGAACAUGAUUUGAUGGAGAAUAUUGUCUUAUGUCAACCUCAGGAAUUGUUCAGUGAUCUCAACUUAACGCUGUGUUCAGGUCAUUUGGGGGUGAUCCGAGGAGGAAAAGUGUUCAGACCCUCUUCCAGGUUUGAAUUCCAACUGAUGGACUUGUAAUUCAAACUUGGAAGGAGCCAAGCAGAAAGACAGAGACCAACAGAAGAUCCAAACCUUCAACAAAACAAGGUGUGAUAUGUUCAGAGCUUACUGUUGCCCCCAGGUGGGAUGAACACAGCAACAGGAGGGAACCUUAUGAGUCGCUGAAUGUUCGCUGGAUGGCUAUAAACAUACAAUAUUCAACUUAAUGUAUGUUAACAUGUUUUGUUUUGAACCAAAUAUUGUAUUUUUUUUCUUUUGCAUCAAUUUAGUAAUAACUCCAGAUGUCACUUAAUUGUUUGUGUGUAAGCACUGAAGGGUAAAGGUAAAGAAAAUGGGGAGCUAAUGGGAAAAAAAAGUAUUUUUACCUUCAAUUGUCCAGAAUGCUUAGAAUGAUUCUACAGUUUACAUCAGAUUGCUGUUUGUAUCUACAAGAUAUAUUUUUUGUUUAAAUCUGUUUAUUUUUGAGGAAAGAUUUUUGAUUUCUCUUUGGGACUGGGGUUUCUGGGAUGGAGGUCCAUGUUGCCCCUUUUCGUCUGGCCUCACUGGAGGGACAGGGCUGGAGGAUCACGGGCAAUGUGCUCAGUUUUAUUUUCUUUCUUUCUUUUCUUUUGCUUUUAUUUAUUGAUAGAUUUAUUGUGCUGUCAUUUGGUAUGGGAUUAGAAACUAAACAAGGUUGACUCAACGUAAAGGAGAGGAGACUGAGUGACAAACUAAAGUACAUAAAAUAAUUGUAGUGUAAAUCUAUCAAUGUCUUAUUAUAUUGAUGAACAUCAUGAAAUAUAUGUAUAUUGGAAAAACAGUA